CGGCUGAGGUGACGUAAUAAGGUGGGAGAGCAGCCGCGGCCAAGGCGCCAGGAUGGCGUACCGGACCUUCCGCCAGGAGUACCUUCAGAUGCCUGUUGUCACCCGGGCCUACACCACCGCCUGUGUCCUCACGACCGCCGCCGUGCAAUUAGAAUUAAUCACGCCCUUUCAGCUAUACUUCAACCCAGAAUUAAUAUUUAAGCACUAUCAAGUAUGGAGGCUGAUUACCAACUUCCUUUUCUUUGGACCAGUGGGAUUUAAUUUUUUAUUUAAUAUGAUAUUUUUAUACCGCUACUGCCGAAUGCUUGAGGAAGGAUCGUUUCGAGGUCGGACAGCAGACUUCGUAUUUAUGUUCUUUUUCGGCGGCCUGUUAAUGACUAUAUUUGGGCUGUUUGUCAACUUGGUUUUCUUAGGGCAGGCAUUCACUAUAAUGCUGGUAUACGUCUGGAGCCGCCGGAACCCUUUUGUCCGCAUGAACUUCUUUGGGCUUCUGAUCUUCCAGGCCCCGUUUCUUCCCUGGAUUCUCAUGGGGUUUUCACUGCUAUUGGGCAACUCUAUUAUCGUGGACCUCCUGGGUAUUGCUGUAGGCCAUAUAUAUUUCUUCUUAGAAGAUAUUUUCCCUAAUCAGCCUGGCGGAGGAAGACUGCUCAAAACACCAUCUAUUCUGAAAAUAAUAUUUGAUUCACCAGAAGAAGACCCCAAUUACAACCCUCUUCCUGAAGAACGGCCCGGAGGCUUCGACUGGGGUGAAGGUCAGCGCCUUGGAGGCUGAACGGAGAAUCCUCCAGAAGGGACUAUGCUAGAGAACUAUGCUGGAGACCCUUGUGGAAAGGCUUUCUGGUGGCUUUUCUGAUCGGAACAUAUGAAGCACUUUUUUAUUUGAACAAAAAAGUGUUCUUAUUGUAAGCGUCUUCACAUACUCAUAUUAUUGGGGGCUUUUGCUGCGUUGGCUGGUUCUGAACUAUCUAAAUGAAGCCAAGAGUAACUGCAGAUGCACUUUCUUGUCAACCCCCAAGUUAAUGAAACCAUCUGUGUAAAAAUGGUAUUUCUUAAGAUUUUCUUUUUCCAAAAUGUAUUUGAUACAAGGGACUCUACGGAAAACGUUAGAAGGGGAAUAAACUUUUUUGAUAGAUUCAUA